GCGGCUCUUGCGCAUGCGCAACCCGGAAGUCUCCUAGCCAGGUUCGGUUUCCCUGGGAGCUGGGCUGAGGGAGCCACGCGCGUGGCGCGAGGGAGCCAUGGGGAAGCUGCGACGCCGCUACAACGUGAAGGGGCGGCUGCAGGCCGAUCCCCGGCCCGCCAAGGGCCCUGAAGCGCCUCCCGUACGGCUGGAACUGGAGGGCAAGGAUGUGUUGAAAGGAGUUGAUGAAAGCAAUGUUCUGGUGCUGCCUGGGAAGAGAAAGAAGAAGACCAAGGCGCCGCCCCCAUCCAAGAAAGAGAGGAAGCCCCUGACAAAGAAGGAGAGGAAGGUGCUACAGAAGGUCUUAGAACAGAAGGAGAAGAAGAGCCAGCGUGCCGAACUGCUGCAGAAACUGAGUGAAGUCCAAGUAUCGGAGGCCGAGAUGAGUCUCUUCUACACCACAGCCAAGCUCGGCACUGGGGACCGCAUGUAUCAUAUCAAAGAGAGGAAGUCUGGCCAGCCUGCUGCCCGGGGCCAGGAGAAGGUCAGUAGCCUCAGCGGGGCCCACCGGAAGCGCCACAGGUCAUCAUCAACAGAGGAAGACUCUGAGUCUUCAGAAGAUUCAGAGCCUGAGGAAGCCACAGCUGACCAACCUAGGACCAGCACAGGGACAGAGCCAGUGCAUCCGCCACCAGCUCCUUCUGGGAUCAACAGCCCUGCACCCACCCCGCAGCCCCCUCCAUCUGGGAUCUCUGCACCUCCAAAAACACCAGCCUCUGCCCCGCCUCCACCCGUGGCCAAGCCUGCUGUAUUCAUCCCCGUGAACCGCACCCCUGAAAUGCAGGAGGAGCGGCUCAAGCUCCCGAUCCUCGCCGAGGAGCAAGCCAUCAUGGAGGCGGUGGCUGAGCACCCCAUUGUCAUUGUGUGUGGCGAGACUGGCAGUGGGAAGACUACACAGGUGCCCCAGUUUCUCUACGAAGCAGGCUACAGCAGUGAGGACAGCAUCAUCGGUGUCACAGAACCCCGCCGAGUGGCCGCAGUAGCCAUGUCCCAGCGGGUGGCCAAGGAGAUGAACCUGUCACAUCGGGUUGUCUCCUACCAGAUCCGCUACGAAGGGAAUGUGACAGAAGAAACCAGGAUCAAGUUCAUGACGGACGGUGUGCUGCUCAAAGAGAUCCAGAAGGACUUCCUGCUGCUGAAAUACAAGGUGGUGAUCAUUGACGAAGCCCAUGAGCGGAGCGUCUACACAGACAUCCUUCUAGGGCUCCUGUCCCGCAUUGUGGCUCUCCGGGCCAAGAGCUGAGCGGUGUAUAUCUCCAUGCACACUGUCUCCAUGCUGAGCCUGAGUCACCAGACUGUCUUCCACAGAGGCACCUGCCCCUCAAGCUGCUCAUCAUGUCGGCCACACUGCGGGUGGAGGACUUCACCCAGAACCAGCGGCUCUUCACCACCCCUCCCCCGGUCAUCAAGGUUGAGUCGAGGCAGUUCCCUGUGACUGUACAUUUCAACAAGCGGACCCCAUUGGAUGACUACAGUGGUGAAUGCUUCAGGAAGGUCUGCAAGAUCCACCGGAUGCUGCCUGCAGGUGGCAUCCUGGUAUUUCUCACAGGGCAGGCCGAGGUGCAUGCCCUUUGCCGUCGGCUUAGGAAGGCCUUCCCCUUUCGUUGCUCCCAGCCACAAGAAAAGGAAGAGGACUCAGCAGAAGGGAUGCGGAGGUUUAAGAAGUCCCGGACAAGGGCUAGGAAGGCCCAGGCCAUGGCCUUGCCCCAGAUCAACCUGGACAAUUACUCUGUGCUGCCAGCCGGCGAAGGUGAUGAGGACAGGGAGGCAGAGAUGGACGAUGAAGAGGAGGCCCUGGGCUCUGACCUAGAUCUGGACCUGGGUGACAGUGAGGCAAAUGAAGGUGAGCAGCCGGAUGCCUCCCUGCCCCUUCACGUGCUCCCGCUCUACUCUUUGCUGGCCCCUGAGAAGCAGGCACAGGUCUUCAAACCUCCUCCCGAGGGGACGAGGCUGUGCGUUGUGGCCACCAAUGUGGCUGAAACCUCCCUCACCAUCCCUGGUAUCAAGUAUGUGGUGGACUGUGGGAAAGUCAAAAAGCGCUAUUAUGAUCGUGUCACAGGCGUGUCUUCCUUCCGUGUCACCUGGGUCUCCCAAGCAUCCGCUGACCAGCGGGCUGGUCGUGCAGGCCGCACAGAGCCAGGCCACUGCUAUAGGCUGUAUUCCUCAGCUGUUUUCGGGGACUUUGAGCAGUUUCCUCCUCCAGAGAUCACCCGCAGACCAGUGGAGGACUUGAUCCUGCAAAUGAAAGCACUCAGCAUUGAGAAGGUCAUCAACUUCCCGUUCCCCACCCCGCCGUCCGUGGAGGCCCUCGUUGCUGCAGAGGAGCUGCUGGUUGCCCUGGGGGCCCUGCAGGCACCUCCAAAACAGGAAAGAAUGAAGAAGCUACAGAUGUCACAGCUGAGCUGCCCCAUCACCGCGCUGGGGCGGACCAUGUCCACCUUCCCUGUGGCACCCCGCUAUGCCAAGAUGCUGGCCCUGAGCCAGCAGCAUGGCUGCCUGCCCUACACCAUUGCCAUCGUGGCUGCCAUGACUGUGCGUGAGCUGUUUGAGGAGCUGGACAGACCUGCUGCCAGUGAAAAGGAGCUUGCCGAGCUAAAGGGCCGCCGAGCCCGUGUGGCCCAGAUGAAGAGGACCUGGGCCGGGCAGGGGCCAUCUCUGAAGCUUGGCGACCUCAUGGUGUUGCUGGGUGCCGUGGGAGCCUGUGAGUACGCUGGCUGCUCACCCCAGUUCUGCCAAGCUAACGGACUGCGCUACAAGGCCAUGCUUGAGAUCCGGCGCCUGCGUGGCCAGCUGACCACUGCAGUCAACGCAGUGUGCCCCGAGGCUGGGCUUUUCCUGGACCCCAAAAUGCAGCCUCCUACUGAGAGCCAGGUGACUUACCUGCGGCAAAUCAUGGCAGCUGGUCUGGGUGACCACCUGGCCCGCCGGGUUCAGAGUGAGGACUUGCUGGACCCCAAGUGGAAGAAUGCCUACAAGACUCCUCUUCUAGAUGACCCCGUCUUCAUCCACCCCAGCUCUGUACUCUUCAAAGAGUUGCCUGAGUUCGUGGUCUACCAGGAAAUUGUGGAGACAACCAAGAUGUACAUGAAAGGUGUCUCCACCGUGGAAAUCCAGUGGAUCCCCUCCCUGCUGCCUUCCUACUGCCAGUUUGAUGCACCCCUGGAGGAGCCAGCGCCCAGUUACUGCCCAGAGUCAGGACAGGUGUUGUGCCACCGGGCCAGCGUGUUCUACCGUGUGGGCUGGCCUCUCCCUGCCGUCCAGGUGGACUUCCCUGAAGGCAUUGACCGCUACAAAUACUUUGCAAAGUUUCUGCUGGAGGGACAGGUCUUCCGCAAGCUGGCUUCAUUCAAGAGCUGCCUGCUAUCUAGCCCCAGCACCAUGCUGAAGACCUGGGCCAGUUCUGGUUCUAGUCAGCUGUCCCCUUUCUCCAGGCUGCAGCCCAGGACAGAGACCCUAUUGAGAGCCCUCGUGGCCCACAAGGCUGAUUCUCGUGAUUCCCUGCUGGCUGCAUGGAAGAAGAACCCCAAAUACCUGCUGGCUGAGUACUGCGAGUGGCUCCCAAAGGCUAUGCACAGCGAUGUUGAGAAGAACUGGCCCCCUACCACUGACAGUUGACCACACACCCAGCUGCACAGUCAACUGGCUCCUAGGCUGUUACCAGGAGCCACGCUGUGGCCCUGACAGCCCUUUUCUGCCCAAUUCAGAAGCAAGCUCACAGCUACACUGACCAGGAGUGCCCUUCUUUGUGACUGUUAUAAGAGCAGACAUGGUUUGUCUUCCACAUUCCUACUGUCUAAGACGGACUCUUCAGGUGACAUUAGACCCUGCAGAUGCACAGAGCAACACUGAAACAGGAAAGUGGACCCUUCUCCCAGAGCCCUGUCUGGCCUCAUAGCAUCUUGGACAGCAGGUGUACUGCAGACUUCUGUGACCCAGUGACUUUCCUGAAAGGUUAACCCCAGAUGAGGGAUGAUCACCCCAGAGCUUUGCUCCACAUAGAUGGAGACUGGUUUCCGGGGUCCUGCUUUGGCAUCAGUAGACAGCAAGUUCUGUCUUUAGUGGGCCUUGGCUGGUAAGGAUCACAAAUGCAAGGCCAACCUGAGCUACACAGCAAGACUGUCUUCUAUUUGUUUGGUUUUUUUUUUUUUUUUUUUUUUGGUUUUUGGAGACAGGGUUUCUCUGUGUAGCCCUGGCUGUCCUGGAACUCACUCUGUAGACCAGGCUGGCCUCGAACUCAGAAAUCUGCCUGCCUCUGCCUCCCAAGUGCUGGGAUUAAAGGUGUGUACCACCACUGCCUGGCUAUUUGUUUGUUUUUCAAGACAGGGUUUCUCUGUGUAACCCUGGCCGUCCUGGAACUAGGCCUGUAGACCAGGCUGGCCUCAAACUUAGAGAUCCCCCUGCCACUGUCUGCCUUAAGUACUGGGAUUGAAGGUGUGUGUCACCACCACCUAGCAAGACUCUGUCUCCAACAGUUUUGUUGAGAGUAAAUGUUGGUGAUGUGCUGUUUCACUUCAGCUUGUCUGUCACAUCACACAUGCUCACAUGCUAAGUAGCUGUCACCGUAUCAGUUUCCAGAACCUUCAUCCUCACAUGACUUACUGAUUUUCUCCCUCUCGAUCUCCCCAACACAUGGAGCUGUCUGUCUGUUUGUGUGGCUGAAUAUGCGCCAUCAAGUGUCAGGCUGCAUCAGUCGUCAGCAGAAUAGAGUGAGUUGUUUACCUCUGGGUGAUAGCAAAUGCUGCUGCAGUUCUUUUGUCACUUGGGCCACUUGUCACAGAGUCCUGGGAAUGCAGCCAAGCUCUUUUCAGUUAACACUCAGUAAAUGCUUUCUCUCUGUGGGCUGACUAUGCUCUUGAUCAUGUCCUCUGAACCACAUACUGCUUUAUCUCCUGUUAGCCAUGCCUGUGUGACUUAAGCAAGCAGUGUACCACUAAACACCUGCCUGCCCA